AAAAAGAAGCAAGGAAAAAAAGUGAGGUUCAUUGAAAGGUUGCAUUGUGUUUGUGCACAGUAUCAAUAAUUUAUAUUUUUAUGAGUGGUGGUAUUGCUGGGAUAAGAUGAGUAAGAAAUUAAAACGGUGUCUUUCUGGAGAUGUGGACAGUAUAGAGAUGUACAUACUGCCAGAGUCAGACCCUGGGGAGGGACUAGAGGGGUCAUACCAAGGUAAAUCCUACAGCUCUACGUUAGACUCGACGAUGGAAGGCAGUAUCUCAGGUGUGUGUCGUAAUACAGAAGAUUAUAACAAAAGUGAAGUAUCUGAUUUGUACACAGAAGUAUCUGGCAAAAUGGAGGGUAGAUCUGACUCCUCGAGGAAGCAGUCCUCCCAGGGUAAGGACGACUGUCCUGAAGAAGAACCUGCCUAUUGCUCUUACUGUGGCUUUCAUUUUUUGAGAUUUACCUCGAUCAGUUUCCGAGUCCUCAUACUGCUAGCUCUUUCUGCUUCGGCCUUUGUACAGGGAAUGGUGGUGAAUGGAUUUGUGAAUGUGGUGAUUUCUAACAUUGAGCGGCGGUAUGACCUAACCAGUACCGAGACAGGAACCAUCGCUAGCUGCUACGACAUUGCCUCAGUCCUAUGUCUCAUCCCCGUCAGUUAUUUUGGAGGCCUUGGAUGUAAACCUCGAUACCUAGGUAUAGGUGUCCUGGUUAUGGGCCUGGGGUCAAUCGUCUUUGCACUACCUCAGUUUACCACGGGUCUAUACUCGUUUACGGGAGAUGAUGUGACAUACUGUGAUAUCGGGGCCAAUGUCACUGCAUGCACCAGCAAGGACAGCCUCUCCAACUACAAAUUUGUCUUCUUCCUUGGGCAGCUACUACAUGGUGCUGGGGCGUCACCCCUCUACACCCUAGGAGUCACAUAUCUGGACGAAAAUCUGCCUGUCAGAUCGUCUUCCAUGUAUAUAGGUAUAUAUUAUGCCUUUGCUAUUGUGGGACCAGCUAUUGGAUACCUUGCAGGGGGAGCAUUCCUUAACCUCUAUGUAGAUGUUGACAGAGUGGACCAAGCAAGUAUAAAUCUGACCCCCAGCAGUCCACGGUGGGUGGGGGCGUGGUGGAUUGGGUUCCUCCUUAGCGGGGUCCUGGCUUUCCUUGUGGCCUUCCCCAUGUGUGGAUUUCCUACCAAACUACCAGGGUCAGAAAAUUAUAAGAAGGAGAGGGAGAAAGAGGUUUACCACAGAAAAGGAGAAUCUCCCCAGACAACAUCCACAGACAACCAGGCCUGUAACAUCAAACAUAUCUGGAAAUCCGUCAGGACACUUAUCACAAACCCUACCUUCAUGUUCCUCAAUCUGGCUGCGGCCUGUGAAGGAAACUUGCUGGCAGGAUUUGCUACUUUUGCUCCAAAGUUUAUAGAAGCUCAAUUCAGUCUACUGGCCUCAGAUGCUGCUCAGUAUGUGGGUUAUGCCGCUAUACCAGCAGGAGGUGGGGGCACCUUUCUGGGAGGGUACCUGGUCAAGCGGUUUAACCUGGGAGUACGUGGAAUUAUCCGAUUCUGUCUGGCCAUCAGUAUCCCAUGCUUCCUCAGUGUUCUUGUCUUCCUUGUCAAUUGUGAAAAUGUGUUGUUUGCAGGAGUAAAUAUUGACUACGGAGAAUUGGCCAGCAAUGGUACAAGGAAAUUUCUUGGAAAGUUCAGCACAAGUAGCUGUAACGCUAACUGCGGCUGUACUCUGGAGAAUUACAACCCUGUAUGUGGUAUUGACGGAAUCAUGUAUUACUCCCCUUGUUACGCAGGCUGUAGUAACUCUAUCCCGGGAACAGACCCUGUGCAAUACCAGAAUUGUAGCUGUGUGAGUUAUGACACCAGCACCAUGCCCUCCUACAUGGCUGUCACCGGGAAGUGUGAGAGCUCUUGCUCCAUGUUACCUCUCUUUAUGGCCAUCUUUUUCCUCAUCAUGUUCUUCACCUUUGUUAUCAGCAUGCCUGCUCUAUCAGCCACCCUCAGGUGUGUUCCACAACAUGAGAGUUCAUUUGCCUUGGGAAUACAAUGGAUAAUAGCUAGGUGUCUAGGUUCGAUUCCUGGUCCAAUACUAUUUGGGAAGAUGAUAGACUUGACAUGCCUUUUAUGGCAGAGUAAAUGUGACGAUAACGAGGGAUCAUGUUUCUUCUACAACAACAAGAACAUGAGUUAUAACUUGAUGGGGAUAGCCCUGGCUGGUAAAUUUUUGUCCAUCCUUUUCUUUUCCCUUUCUUUGUUCUUCUAUAAAGCAACGCCUGAAAAGAAGAACGAGGAGGAGGAGGACCAAUCAAAGAACUUGGAUUUGAAAGUAAACAGCAACAUGAAUGGGAAUGCUGGGAUAGGAAAUACCCAGAGUUCCAAUACAUCUACAACAUCUAUAACUAAUGGCACGACGCACGCUGAUGUGAACAAAAAUAAUACAAAGACAGACAGUAGAAGCACAACUAAAUUAUAGCAGUGCUGUACAAUCUUUAAAAGCUGGAACUGUGAUCUUAUUGCCUUUCAAAUUAAAUAUUUAUUUUUAAUUUCAUUUGAUUUGAGAGAUGUUAAUUAUGUGAUGAUGAGAACAUAAAAGAAUUUAAAAAUUUUGUUAUCAAGAUACAUACACAGGUAGACAAAAUAUUGAAAAUUUUAAUGCUUUAACUAAAAUUUUAAAAAAUCAGAUAUGAGGGAUUUUUUGGUACUCCAAGUAUAGAGUAUGAAGGGCAAUUAACAUAAAAGUUUUUUCUUUGGAUUGUCUUUUAUUUUUAUUGAGAUUUAGUUAACACUGGCAGUAUUUUUAUGCAGAUAUCGGUACUAGUCAGAUUUACUAACUAAAUACAGAAGUCAGUCAUAGUACAUGUUUAACUAACUUUCACUAGUCCCUAACAAAUGCUGUAAAUGUGUUUUGAGACAACAGUUGAAAAUUUCAUAAAAUAGUUCAUAUUAUUUUAGAUGAGCGAAUUUGUACAUUGUAUAUUUUAUUAUGACAGGAAAAACAUUCGAGAAUUACAAUGUAAUGCACUGAAAUACAAGAAUUCACUAAAAUGGAGAUUUUAUACAGUAGGAAAAUAUAUACAAUUUUGAUUUCUAUUCAGGUCUUUGUGAUAUUUUGCUCUGUUGUACAUAUCAGUAUGCAAAGAAUGACAAGGAGUAUAUAUAUUUGAGAUUAGAGAAAGUAAUGCCACAUGUGUAUUUGUUUUGAUGAGUUGUGAAUUUUCCUCUUCAUGUUUCUGGUAAUUAUUUUAUCUCGGUUUGGUCCAUAGUGUCAAAUACUGUAACAAGCCUUAAAUAUUCAUUUUGCAAAUUUUUCAUUCCUCAUUAGGGUCAAAGAUCUCAUGCUAGAGGAUCACAUGGCAUUUAAGAAAUCAGACCAUUACAAGUUUUCUUAAAUUAUGGCUACUGGAUGCUAUGGAAAUGACCCAAUAACUAUUUGCAUGUAAAAGGCAGCUAAUUGUGUAUGUUUUCAGCAUACUCAGAAAUUAUAUAUUUUUCAACUUCCAAAAAAUUACAGCAUUUCACAUCUAAUUUUUUUAAGUUGGAUAUAUUGUAUAUAUUAUUAUGUACUGUCAACCUCUGCUCUCUUUAUAAAGAGAUUAAAUUUAUAAUACUGUUUGUUCAUCUAAAAAGCUCUCUGUUAUGCUGAUAUAAGAUAUAAGUACCAUUUCUGUAUCAUUUGUUCAUGUGUUAACACAGUUUAGAAUAUAUUUUCAUAGAUGUUUACAGUUUUGUUAAUCAUGUAGAAUAACUAUUGUGCUAGAUGAGAUUAUUACAUAUCUUGGAACCAAAGAAUUUUUAUACAUUGAUCAUGUUCACUUGUGGUGGUGUCUUCUAGAUGUGUGGGUUUUUUUUAACAAACCAGAUGGUGCUAUGAAUAUAACAUAUCAGCUAGAUAUUUUCAUACUGUAGAAUUCUGACAUCCUAGUUACAAUGUGUGGUAGGCAUACUGUAUACAGGGAAAUUUUUGCUAGUUUUAUUUCUGCCCUCAAUGCAAGUCUGUGAAUUUAAAGUGGGGCAAAUUCAAAUAUCCAAGUUAUCUCUUUAUCACAUGUUUAGGUAAAUUUGAAAGAGGCAUAAACGUUUGCAUGUGUGAUAGAGCAAAAAUAACACAGGUGGAAAAUAACCCUGUAUACAGUAUAUGUUUUAAGAUACGCAUUUCGUCUUUGUCUUCCAUGUCGCCCUUCAGGUUUGUGACAGUUUUAUAGGUAUUAAUCAGUAGAAAGUGAAAUUUUAUUAACUGGUUUUAAUGAAAGGUUUGAGAAAAAAAAUCACUUUUCUUGCAAGAAUCAUUAGAUCAAAGAUAAUAAUAAUUGUUAAUUCACUCUCAGCCUUUUUUAUUGGUGAUAAAUUAUUAUGUACAUGUGUAUUUUAUACUGCAGAAAGAAUCACAAAUCAAAUGUAGAAUUGUUUGCUAAGUGUUUGAACUAGUCAUGUAUGUAGGGUCUAUAUGUUUACUGUCAAGCCUGUACUAUAUACUACUACAUUAUUUGUUAAAUAAAUACAUGUAUUAUUGAAAUGUUUAUAUGUGAUGUAAUUCAUGUACAUGUAAUUUCGUUGAAAAAAAAAAAUUACAUGCAUGUUGAGAUUCAUUGAAUAAAAAAUUGGCAAACGAUAA